AUGUUGCCAUUUUCCAAUGCUGCUUUUUCUUUCCACUUUGGCUACAAGUUCAUGAGAGACCUUGCCCGGCGCCGGUGGCCAAGUGAUGCCUGGGAACAGAUAAACAGCACCCUAGCGACUCUGUACGGGGAUGCGCCCACGCCCCGUCACCCUUUCCAGCUGUCUUCUGCGUUCACAGCGAUCAGGGCACUCCGAAGGGCAGCCCAGUUUUCCGUGCUAAGAGCCCAUAGGAAUUGCACAGCGCUGGAAUUCGGCGAAGCAACUUGCUCCAACACGCCAAAUUUGCCGCAUCCCCAAGACCUCACCCUCCUCUCUCCGCCCUCGCUACCGACACUCCCACCCCCACCUCGGGGACUCCCCGCCCCCACAACGCUGACAAUCUCAAUCCUGACCCCUUGGAUGCGAGGAAGUGGUUUAGCGCCGGAACGCGCUCGGCGCAGCGAGGCCACCAGUGACUCCCAGCGGUGGCGCGGGGUGCUGCGCCCCCUCGGCCCCGUCUCCCCCCGCCCUGCGUCCGCCCCCCCGCCCUGCGUCCGCCCCGCCGCCCCCGCGCCGCCUCCUGCGCCCGGGCUGGAGGCGGAUUCCUCUCUCCGGGUUUUCAGAGCGCCUCUCCGAGACCUCCUCCCCGCCCAGGAGGGAGAGAGCCCGGGCGCAAUCGCUCCCCGGAGCGGCGGAGGGGCGCGUGGGCGCGCCGGCUCCCGCUCGCCAGGGGCGCACCGAGGAGACACGGAAGUCGCCGCCCGACUGCUCGGGAUGCCUUUCGCCAAGCGGAUCGUGGAGCCGCAGUGGCUGUGUCGGCAGCGGCGCCCGGCGCCCGGCCCGGAGGAGGACGCGACGGCGGCUGCCGUGCUGCUCAUGUUGGACCUGUGCGCCGUCAGCAACGCCGCGCUGGCCCGCGUGCUUCGGCAGCUCUCGGACGUGGCCCGGCACGCGUGCAGCCUCUUCCAGGAGCUCGAGAGCGACAUCCAGCUCACCCACCGUCGCGUCUGGGCGCUGCAGGGCAAGCUGGGCGGCGUGCAGCGCGUCCUCGGCACGCUGGACCCCAAGCAGGAGGCAGUGCCCGUCUCCAACCUGGACAUCGAGAGUAAGCUGAGCGUGUACUACCGAGCACCAUGGCACCAGCAGAGAAACAUCUUCCUCCCGGCCACCAGGCCACCCUGCGUGGAGGAGCUCCACCGCCACGCCCGGCAGAGCCUGCAAGCCCUGCGCAGAGAACACCGGAGCCGGAGCGAUCGCCGAGAGCAGAGAGCCGCUGCUCCGCUUUCUGUGGCUGCGCCUCCACUGCCGGCCUACCCACCAGCUCACAGCCAGAGGAGGCGCGAAGCGAAGGAGCGUCACUUCCUAACGUUUAACAGCACCCGUUCGCACUCCCCCACUGAGUGUUGCCACAUGACCCCAUGGAGUAGAAAGUCCCAUCCUCCGGAGGAUGAAGAUACAGGUGUCAUGCUGGGGCAGAGGCCGAAGAAUCCAAUACACAAUAUCCCCUCAACACUGGACAAGCAGACCAACUGGAGCAAAGCCCUACCUCUCCCAACGCCAGAGGAGAAGAUGAAACAAGAUGCCCAAGUGAUUUCUUCUUGCAUUAUUCCCAUCAAUGUCACUGGAGUCGGUUUUGACAGAGAAGCUAGUAUACGCUGCUCUCUUGUUCAUUCACAAUCCGUACUACAGCGGAGACGCAAAUUGAGGAGGAGGAAAACCAUCUCGGGUAUCCCCAGAAGAGUCCAACAAGAAAUAGAUUCUGAUGAAUCACCAGUGGCCAGGGAAAGGAAUGUGAUUGUGCACACAAAUCCAGACCCCUCCAGCGCUGUCAAUAGGAGGUCCGGAACCAGGGACUCUGAGUGCCAAACUGAGGAUAUUCUUAUUGCCGCUCCAUCCAGAAGGAGAAUCAGAGCUCAAAGGGGUCAGAGCAUUGCAGCUUCCCUUUCUCAUUCUGCUGGCAACAUCUCUUCACUGGCAGACAAAGGCGACACCAUGUUUACCACUGCAGUGAGCAGCCGCACGAGAUCUCGGAGCCUGCCGCGGGAGGGUAACAGAGGUGGGGAUGCUGAGCCUAAAGUUGGUGCUAAACCCUCAGCAUAUGAAGAGGGGGAGCCUUUUGUGGGUGACCAUGAAAGAGCCCCCAAUGAUUGCAGUGAGGCCACCAGCAGCCCAAGUGCACAAGAAAACCAGCCUGCUUUGGGCCUGGCCUGUUCUCAACACCUUCACAGCCCCCAGCACAAGUUAAGUGAGAGAGGGCGGUCUCGUCUGUCCAGAAUGGCUGCCGACUCUGGCAGCUGUGACAUCUCCUCCAACUCGGAUACCUUUGGGAGCCCCAUCCACUGCAUCUCCACAGCUGGUGUCCUCCUUAGCAGCCACAUGGACCAGAAAGACGACCACCAGUCAUCCAGUGGAAACUGGAGUGGGAGCAGCUCCACGUGCCCCUCACAGACCUCAGAGACAAUCCCUCCUGCAGCGUCUCCUCCCCUCACUGGCUCUUCGCACUGUGACUCAGAGUUGUCACUAAACACGGCCCCUCAUGCUAAUGAGGACUCCAGUGUCUUCGUGACGGAGCAAUACAAUGACCAUGUGGAUAAAGUGAGAGGCCACCGGGCAAACUCCUUUACCUCCACUGUUGCAGAUCUCCUGGAUGACCCCAACAACAGCAACACAAGUGACAGCGAGUGGAACUACCUACACCACCAUCAUGAUGCCUCUUGCCGCCAGGAUUUUAGUCCUGAGUGUCCCAAGGCUGACAGCCUGGGCUGCCCAAGCUUCACGAGCAUGGCCACUUAUGACAGCUUCCUGGAAAAGUCUCCAUCGGACAAAGCCGACACUAGCUCUCACUUUUCAGUGGACACGGAAGGGUACUAUACCUCCAUGCAUUUUGACUGUGGUCUCAAAGGUAAUAAGAGUUAUGUCUGUCACUAUGCAGCCCUGGGCCCCGAGAAUGGCCAGGGUGUUGGGGUUCCUCCUGGUGUUCCAGACUGUGCCUGGCCAGACUACUCAGACCACAGAAGGCAAGGGAAACCAAGCAUCUCUUUCAGAAAACCAAAGGCAAAGCCUACCCCGCCUAAGCGUAGCUCAUCGUUGAGGAAGUCCGAAGGAAAUGCAGAUAUUUCUGAGAAGAAAGAACCAAAGAUAAGCAGUGGUCAGCACCUGCCUCACAGUUCCAGGGAAAUGAAGCUGCCUCUUGAUUUCUCCAACACGCCUUCUCGGAUGGAAAAUGCCAAUCUUCCGACCAAGCAAGAACCUUCUUGGAUGAACCAGAGUGAACAUGGUAUUAAGGAACCUCAAUUAGACACUUCAGAUAUUCCACCAUUCAAAGAUGAAGGUGCUGAAUCAACUCACUAUGCAGAUCUCUGGCUUCUCAAUGACUUGAAAACAAAUGAUCCUUAUAGAUCUUUAUCUAAUUCAAGCACUGCUACGGGUACCACAGUAAUCGAAUGCAUCAAAUCUCCAGAGAGCUCUGAAUCCCAAACAUCCCAAUCAGAAUCAAGAGCCACCACCCCAUCCCUACCUUCUGUUGACAAUGAGUUUAAACUGGUUUCACCAGAGAAGCUGGCUGGCUUGGCAUCUCCAUCAAGUGGCUAUUCAAGCCAGUCUGAAACACCAACAUCCUCUUUCCCUACAGCUUUCUUUUCUGGCCCAUUGUCUCCUGGAGGUAGCAAAAGAAAACCUAAAGUCCCAGAAAGGAAAUCCUCCCUACAACAACCCUCUUUAAAAGAUGGAACUCUAUCAUUGAGUAAAGACCUUGAACUUCCAAUUAUACCUCCUACUCAUCUUGACCUAAGUGCUCUUCAUAAUGUCUUGAAUAAACCAUUCCACCAUCGCCAUCCAUUGCAUGUUUUUAGUCAUAACAAGCAGAACACAGUAGGAGAUACACUGAGGUCGAAUCCGCCACCAUCCCUUGCAAUUACACCAACAGUCCUGAAAUCUGUUAAUCUUAGGUCCAUCAGUAAGUCUGAAGAAGCUAAGCAAACAGAAGGCAACAAUACAGAUCUCCCCUACUUAGACGAAAGCACUCUCACAAUGGCUGCCUUGUCUCCAGGGAAGAUGAGGCCACACAUAGCUAGGAAAUCACUAUCACGUCAGUACUCCACUGAAGACGCCAUACUGUCCUUUUUAGACACCUCUGUGGUUGAGACGGGACCAGAUAAACUACAUUUAGGAAAAAAACCUACUUUUGAUGUGAAGAAUCAUUGUGAUCCAGAAACUGCAACCUCAGCUGGUAGCAAUCUUCUAGACUCAAAUGUCACAAAGGACCAAAUACAGAUGGAGAGUGAGCCUAUUCCAGGAAACACACCAAGUAAAAACUAUGACUUUUCCCCAGAAGAAUUUCAGAGGGUCUCUGCUGCCCACUCAAAUGAUUUUGAUGGUAAAAUAACACAAUAUGGGGCUGGUCUAGAUGAAACCCUAGAACAGGUACAGAAGGCAACCUCUGUAGACUGGGAGGAAGUUGCACAACCUGAAUCUGUGGAUGUAAUCACAUCCCAAUCCAACUCACCAACUAGAGCAACAGACAUAAGCAAUCAACUUAAGCAUCAACUUGCUAUGAGCCACCACCAUGACAAAGUGCCUGGGAAUAUCAGCUAUGAAUCAGAGAUAUCAACUGUAAAUUCAGUCCCUGACAAAUGUUCUCAGCAGGAAAAUAUUGCUUCAGGUAUUUCAGCCAAAAGUGCCUCUGAUAACAGCAGAGCAGAGGAGACCCAAGGAAGUACAGACGAGGCUUCACUGAAAGAAUCAUCACCAAGUGACGACUCCAUCAUUUCACCACUUAGUGAAGACUCCCAAGCUGAAGUGGAAGGGGCGUUCGUGUCUCCAAACAAACCUCGAACAACUGAGGAUUUAUUCGCAGUCAUUCACAGAUCCAAGAGGAAAGUACUUGGAAGAAAAGAUUCUGGGGACAUGUCUGUUCGAAGUAAAUCCAGAAUUUCCGGUGGGAGCAGUGGCAGCAGUGCUGGUUCCAUCACUUCACCCAGCAGCAAUGUGACAACCCCAACCAGCCAGAGGUCUCCUGGGCUCAUCUACCGAAAUGCCAAAAAGUCCAACACAUCAAACGAAGAGUUUAAGCUGUUACUUCUCAAGAAAGGCAGCCGCUCAGAUUCCAGUUACCGCAUGUCUGCCACCGAGAUCCUGAAGAGUCCCAUCCUACCCAAACCCCCUGGGGAUCUCACCAUUGAUUCCUCUCAGGUCACCGAUGAGGCCCAUCAGGUGUCACCUGGGGCAGAGGCACUGUCCCCUCUCUCUCCCUGCUCCCCACGAGUGAAUGCAGAGGGGUUUUCCUCAAAGAACUUUGCCACCUCAGCAUCAGCAAGGGUUGGACGUUCCCGGGCACCCCCUGCAGCCAGCAGCAGCCGUUACAGUGUCCGCUGCCGGCUGUACAACACUCCCAUGCAGGCUAUCUCUGAGGGCGAGACAGAAAAUUCCGACGGCAGCCCACAUGAUGACCGAUCCUCCCAGAGCUCAACCUAGGCGGCCUGGACCAGGAGGCCUAUCAGAUGUCAAAACCCUUAGUUAUACGAGAAUGUUGGAAGGCAAGAGAGAACUCAGGAGGAGUCAGAAAACCAUGGGGUACCAUCACUGCUUACCAAUGAAUUUCUAAAUACAUACUGGGGAACAGGAGGUAGUUUAGUAAUUCUUUAUUUUUUGCAUUUUUUUAAGUAGUUGCACUGUCUUUCAUCUUUUUCUUUACCUUAGUUUGAUUAACCCAAUCGCAUUCCUUUUGAUAAUGUAGAGUUCAAAAAUAUCUACUUUUCAAGAAACGUAGAAAAAGUUUUCCCAGAGCUGCCUAUUCAGAAACUAAAACCCCUCACUGUCAUGAUUCUUUAAGAAGAUGAAAUAACUCUGGAGGUUUGGUAUUUUUUUACAUUAAAAUGAACUAGAGCAAAAUUUAGAAGAACUACACAUAUGUAAAUACCAUAUUUUUGAUAAAAAUGUGUAAAUAGAUUUAUCAAUGACGAGUGGACAUGUGGCCAAUUAUUUACCGCACACCAACUGUUUAUAGAAAACAAAAAAUAAGAUGUAAUAAUUGUAUUCUGUGAAUACCAUUUUCAUAUCAAAUAACAUAUUUAAAUGUCCACCAAUAUGAUUUUCUGAAUGAUAAACCUCAACUAUGAAUCUUAAACUGGUGAAAAAAGGAAAUCUUGAGGUCAUGGACUGAAAUGUGAUUAAUUUAAAAUAAUGAAUUCAGACUUAACCAUUUCUUGUGACAAAUUUCAGUACCAAACAAGCUAAUAGCAAUGCGUGGCUGUGAUUUGCCACAUGGUUAUUUGGGCAGAAUGAAAAGCAUGCUUCUGAUUUUUUCUUUUAAUUAAUGAGAGAAGUCAUCACUCUCAACACAAAGCCCUGAACAACAGCAUUUGACAGUGUCCUUUCGAUUUUAAUUUUUCAAUGGAUUGCUUUAACGAGAAUGAGUAGGGAAAACAGUAGUUCAUUUUAGGUUAUGUUUUAUAUUAGGCUACUGGGGAUAUAAACAGUCAUAAUCUAAUGACUAUAAUCUUUUAAAGUCCUUAAACAGUUUAGCAAUUAGCUCCAGGUUCUUAAACUAACAAAAAUAAAACCUAAGCAUGCCACCGAGCUGUUGACUUAUCAGUAAGUACCUGCAAUGAGUUCAGUGAAGCUUUCUCUCUGUGCUGACGAGAUUCAUGCUACCUAAAAAUUAACAGAAAUGACACUGUGAACAAUGUAGCUGGGAAAUAGGUAUGUAUAUGCAUUAUUUAUAGUCACUGUUAAAUUGGGAAUGGGGAAUAGCUCCGGUUCACAAUGCUACAUACAACUGAGUUUUGUCUGGUUUUACUGUAUGUGCUUGAUGGCAACGGGAGGGGUGGUGGGUGGGAAAGGAAAUGUCAGGGCAAGUGCUCUGAUAAAAUGAAGGCAGGGAAACAAGCUGAAUUACUUGAAAUUACUUGAAUUUUCUUGUCUUAAAACUGAAAGAAAAAUGUAUUUACAAGUUGAAAUCUUCAAACAGUCUUUACACCUCUGAUUUUAACAUGAACUGAGACUAAUGUCUGAAACUAUAUGUCAGAAAUAUAAGCAGCUAUGUACUUAGAAUAUGUUUUGAAUGGGAGGAGGUAGAAAGUAGAGAGAACUAAGAAGAGAUAUGGUCUAUAAAAGAAUAGAAUGUGGUUAGAAUGAUCGAACAUACCAGGGUUACCAAGAAAUUCAUGAGCAGCAGGCUUUAAGCUUAUGCAAGUGGUAUUUGGGAAAAUAGCAUGUGUGAAAGGGGGUUUGUGGUUUUGAUUUAAUUCAUGCAGUAUGAAGGGGAAAGCCUGGUCUAAGAAGAUACUGUCUUUCAAUAGAAACACUUUCUGAGAUGUUACAGAUUAGGAAUUGGAGUAUCUGAUUGCUGUUGGUUUUUUGUUUGUUUGUAAAGAAAAAAAAAUGUCUGGUUUCUUCUAAUAUUGGUUUUACUACCAAAUUGUAUUUCUUGAUUUCUUGUCAUCCUUGUAUGUAAAAUGGGUGCUGGGGGUGGAGGGGUAGAGAAGGAGAGAGUAUUGUGUGUGUAUAUGUGUGUGUGUAUGUGUGUGCGUGUGUGUGUGUGCUGGGAUAGAUAAGCUAUUGGUAAAGGGUUUGAACAUUUACAAAGUGUUAUAAUUUUUAUUAAAAGAAAAAUGUUCUGGGGUUUGAAAAACUGGACCACCAUUUGUCAUUGGAACCCAUCAGUUAAGAAAACCAGCAUGGUCUGACACCACAUGGGAACAUGAGUAAAUUUUUUUCUCAUGCUUUGAAAAGUACACUUGGCAAAGUUUUAAAAAUAAAGUUUUUAGACAAAUGUGAUAGGAAACAGUCAUUUCCAGUCACAAUAGGUGAUCUUUUGUAAUUUUCAUAAAAGCAGUUCGUUUGCAGUAUGGCUUUUGUGUAGUUAGGAGUUUUUUUAAGCUUAAAGAAAGGUAUGUAGGCUGUAAAAAUGAUUCUAAAUCUUGAAUAGAAAACACAUGAAUUGGCUUUAAUAAAAAUAUCACCUUUUUAUUAUUGAGAUUAAUUUAAGUAAUGGUACCAUAUAUAUUUUAAAAUACAUAUUGACUUGAAUUGUGAGGCAAUAAGAUAGCUUCUAUAUGUAAUGAUCACAGAACUAACCCUUAUAAUAUAGUUUUACUUAUUUUGUUUACUCUAAAAAUCUAUAGCAGAGUUUCUCUAUUUUAUAUUUCAUAGAUUUAAAUAAAAAAACCCAAAUAAAGAUGGAUUUAAAAUUCACUGUGGAAAAGAGUAUUGAGUAACAAACAGAGUAAAAAAGCAAGAAAUUCCUUAGUAAUCUGAAAUAUUCUACAUGGCUUUCAAGCACUCAAAACCAAGAUUUAGGGCUGAUUUUAACAUCACUGCUGUCUUGAAGCAGGGUGCACACAUUAGGUAUCAUGAAGAACAUCAAUCCAAACUUUUCUUCUGUUGUUUGCACUGAUGUUAAUUUUUUUGUCCUUUUAUGUUUAUACAACCAGGUCUAUGUUGUGUGGGGUAAUUUUUUGUUGCUUGCUUUUUUUUAAUUUUUCUUUUUUGGCUAAGUAGAGGACAUGGACUAGUGGUAGCAAACAAAAUACACUGUUUGCUCUUGCCAGAGGUCAGCGAGUGAGUACAUUUGCUGCAGUGUUGGCAGAUUUAAAGAACUAAAUCAAGACAAAAGAUUUUAAAACUAUUAAGAAGGUUACAGUGUAACUAUUUUGGUACUAGAACCAGUUCAUGCUGGCCGAAAAGACAAUGGUUUGUGGACUUGCAUCCAUUUUGUAUUUUUGUAAUAUUUGUAAAUAUGAACUUUUUUAAUUGUUGCAAAGAUGGUUUCUUUUGUAAGAUGUUUUCAACGUUUACAUUCAAUCCAAGCCUUUGUAUAUUUUAGAGCUGUGCAACACUUUAAGUCUUGUAUUUAUUUUUAGUAAAAAUGGUGACAGUUUCAUUGUGAACCCCUCUCCAAAAAAUGUAUCAGAAAAGUUUGAUUACCUAGAAAGUGUGUAUAGAAACUGCAAAUAAACGUGACUGCAAU